AUGGACCGCACCCAAUACACUGUGACCCUGAAAGAGUUCCGUCAAUUCCACUCGAUCGACCGAGCCCUGUACUGCCUCCUCACUUUUGACCUCCUCCGCGACCCAACCGAGUCCCUCAACGUGCUGGCCCUAUGGCUCUGGCUCGAGCGCUUGGGCUUCUACAACUUCGUGAGCCGAGCCCUCUCACUCCCGCCCUUCCUAGUGGACCAGCUGGCUGACGAGGCCGUGGAGUGCCUCAACUGCCUCGACCCCCAAUCCCCCUUCUUCCCCGACGCGAUAAUGACCGAAAUACCCCUCACCCACAGCCUCGCGGGCCGGAGGGACAUUUCCCUCCAGUUCUUCAUCGGGAGGGGCAACGAGGUCCAGACCCUCGUCCGUGAGGUCUGCACUCCGCUCGUGGCCGACCUCAAGGACGCGGGCCCGGGAACGGGCCCGGCCCGUGGGGUGGAGAGCGAUCGCGACGAGAGGACGGUGUUCGUGACGUUCUCGAAAGGGUACCCGGUGGGGGAAGGGGAGUUGAGGGGGUUUUUGGCGGGAGUGUUGGGUGGGGAGGAUAGGGUGGAGACGCUUCUUUUCGUCAUUGGAAAAUCUUUACUACCAUUUCUGCAACCCGAGCUUCCUAGUGCAGUAUCUUCCGGCGACUUUACUGUUAGCUUCCUGACAACUUCCUUGGACGAUAUCACUCCACGAUGCUCUACCUUCUUCCGACGGCUGCGAUUGUUCCGAUUCCGACGAUAUUGUAGACUACCUCUUCGAUCUCAUCCUCUCAAGCCCGUCUCGAUUCCUUAG